GAUAACAGUGAAAGCCAACUUCUUCAUGAUAUUAUAUUAGGAAUCAUGGUGGAAAAUGCAAAGAUUGUCAACUUGUCUAAUCCUGUAGUUCUCACAUUCUGGCAUAAUUCGUCAACUAAUAAUUCAAAGAAUACAUGUGUCUUCUGGAACAUGGAACAAGAUGGUAAUGGAAGAUGGAACACUUAUGGAUGUGUUACAACAAAUGAAGAAAAUAAAACCAUCUGCCAGUGCAACCACCUCACCUACUUUGCUGUGCUCAUGAAAAUUUCUGCUGAUGCAAUUGACCAGGCAGUCUUAGAUUCGCUGACGUAUAUCACUUACAUUGGCUGUACCAUUACUGUCCUUUCCUGUGGAGCUACUCUCAUCAUCUUAUACAAGUCACUUGGGAUGAAGAGAAGUAAUUCAUCACAUCAAGGGAAAUAUACAGUACAAGUACUCACACACCUCAUUCUUGCUGUCUUGUUACUGAAUGGAAAUUUCUUGCUAAGUGGUGUGUUAAUCUAUAUCAGUAAUGACAUUGUGUGUAGGAUUGGUGCAAUGUGUUUACAUUCCUCCUUACUUGCCACACUGACAUGGAUGGGAAUUGUUGGCUUCAAUCUAUACAAACAAGUGGUCAAAGUUUUCAAUACAUAUGAGACCCUGUACAUCAGAAAGCUCUGUAUCAUUGGCUGGGACUCUGUGCACAUUGCAGAAACUGGCCCAUGUGAAAGUGUUAGUGUAAGUACUUUGUAA